GCAGGAGGGGGGAUCGGGGCGCGACGCGACGGCACCGGUCGCGUGGAGCUGAUCCGUGAGCACCAUGAGCAGCUACAGCGUGUCCCUCGUGGGCCCGGCACCCUGGGGUUUCCGGCUGCAGGGCGGCAAGGACUUCAACAUGCCGCUCUCCAUCUCCAGGCUGAACGACAGCGGCAAGGCCGCCCAAGCACACGUGGGCAUAGGCGACGUGGUGCUCUCCAUCGACGGCAUCAGCACGGACGGCAUGACUCACCUGGAGGCGCAGAACAAGAUCAAGGCGUGCACGGGCAAUCUCAACAUGACCCUGCAAAGAGUGGUGACUGCACCAAAACCUGAUCCCACCAUUCAUGUACAAAAGGACGAACCCAAGGAGGUAGCUAAGCCCACUGCCUCUCCCGCCGCACCCAAAGCCGUGUCCCCGGCCGCUGGGGCGUUCAAUAAGACACCGAGGCCCUUCGGGGCAGCCACGUGCUCCAAAGCCACCUCCGUCCCGUCACCGUCCUCCGUCUUCGCCCCGUCACCCGUGUCCCCUCCGCCGGCCGCCCCGAGCCCCCGCGUGGCGCCCGGGCUGCAUGUUAGUGCUAGUGCCGAGCAGCGGGCGGCCGAGGGGCCGCGACGAGCCCCCGGGGACGCCCCGGGGGACAGUAAGCUGCAGAACGGCCCGCCGCGGAAGCACAUCGUGGACACCUACACUGAGUUCUACCACGCUCCAACCCACAGCGAUGCCAGCAAGAAGCGGCUCAUCGAGGACACGGAGGACUGGCACCCCCGCACGGGAACCACCCAGUCGCGCUCCUUCCGCAUCCUGGCCCAGAUCACCGGCACCGACCACAUGAAAGAACCAGAACCUGAGUCUGCAAAGAAGACUAAGGAAAAGAUUCCCAGCCACGUCUUUAGCCCCAAAUACACAAAAUUACGUGACUGGCACCAUGAAGUCUCAGCACGUGUUCUUAAUGUCCAGUGAUUUUGCCCACGUUGCAAAAGCAAAGUAAUAAACACUGGCUUCCUUUCUUCUUUUC